AGAGUCUCUAACUGAUCCCAGCGCAGCUUUGUAUGGAGGAUAAUCUGCUCUAAUCUCACUUAAUCUGCCCCCUCUCCUCCUCCCCCUCUCUGCUCUCUGCCCGGUCCGGCUCGGUCCCCCUUCAGUCUGUUCUGACCUGCAGGGAUGAAAUCUGCCGCUUCGGAGAGCUUCCUGGUACGGCCAUGGCCCGAGGGCAGCGCCGCAGGCUCGGACCUGAGCGAGGACGGACGUGGAGGUCUGCUGCUGAGGACUGGAGCCGUGCUGGGAGUCACUCUGAUCUGUAAGACUUUAUUCAGCCUCCGUCUGUCUGUGGAGAGCUCUGACUGCUCUGAUACCAACCAUCAUUUAUGCAUGUCCUGUUGUUGUUUGUGUGCAUGAAGUUAACCUGCAGCCUGCAGCAGUGUGUCUCUGACCUUCAGACUAAACUGUUAAAUAAGUGGAUUAAACCAAUGCUCAGAUCAAACAUUGGCAGCUACACUCACUUCUCCAUGUACAGAUGUCAGCAUGUGAGCGGAACCAGCAGAACCAGCAGAGAGGAUGUCUGAUAGGUUUUGUAGGUCCAUGAUAUAGAUCCUGAGGUCAGAGAGGUUUUAUAUCCGCCUCAUGUACAAACACGAGGGGCUGAGAUUAAUACAAACACUGCAAAUGAUGCAACACAGCUUUAAUGCGGAGCAGAUCUAGUGUGGAGCAGAUCUAGUGCAGAAAAGCUCUAGUGUAAAACAGCUUAAGUGCAGAGCAGAUCUAGUGGAAAACAGAUCUAGUGUAGAGCAGAUCUAGUUCAAUUCAAUUCAGCUUUAUUUACAUGGCACUUUUCGUACAUAAGGAAAUGCAAUUCAAAGUGCCUCACAGAGGCUAAAAACAACAAUUAAGACAAAAACCCAACCCUUCCACCCACACAUACACCCAUGGACCCACACGCACACAAAGACACACACACACCCUCACUCACCCACACAUACACACACACACAUACAACCGCACACAGUGUGAGAAAUUUAUGAUAUAAAUUAAAGAGACAUGGCCUGACACCGAGACAUUACAUGAGGAAAGAGCUACCUUUAGGAAACACUGGAGAUAAAAUGGUGAAAAGAGUAAAACCUGAUGGACUAAAAUAAGAUAUAAUAAUAUUAAAUGAACAAACAAAUAAAAGGGGUAAAAGAAGUAAAAACCUGUGACGGGAAAUUUAAAAAAAGGCUAAGAACAGAGAUAAUGAAUAGAAUGACAUAAAAUAAACAUUAAGAACUUUGAUUAAAAAUGUUUUUGUUUUGACUUUGGGUAAGGUUAAAAGGCUUGUGCCGGAGGACCUCAGGGUCCGUGAGGGUUGAUAUGGUAAAAGUAGAUCUGAUAAAUAGGAGGGGCCAAGACCAUUAAUACAUCUAAAAACUAAUAAAAGAACCUUAAAAUCAAUCCUAAAACGGACGGGGAGCCAAUGCAGCGAUGCUAGAACUGGCGUUAUAUGCUCCCGCCCUCUGACCCUCGUCAGCACUCUUGCAGCUGAAUUCUGUAAAAUCUUGUAGUCUUGGUAGAAGUGUGUCUCUCAGGCCUUCAGGACCAGUAACUAAAACCUCUGUUUUGUCCUGGUUGAGCUGCAGGAAUUUGGCUGCCAUCCAGGACUUGAUGUCUAAAAUGCAAUUAAAAGGGCAUCAAUUGGCCUGCUAUCAUCAGAAGACACGGCCAUGUACAGUUGCACAUCAUCAGCUUAGCUGUGGAAGCUGAUGCCGUGCCUCCUGAUGAUGUCCCCCAGGGGAAGCAUGUAAAGAUUAAAUAGAGUUGGACCUAAAAUUGACCCCUGGGGAACCCCACACAUAAUUUUAUGGGUUCAUGAGGAACAUGUAUCCAUACUUACUAAGAAGUGUUGAUCAGUAAGAUAAGAGGUGAACCAGUUAAAAACAGUGCCUGAGAGGCCGACCAGGUGCUUAAGUCUAUUUAAUAAAAUGUGAUGGUCUACUGUAUCAAAUGCGGCGGUUAGAUCCAGCAGGACCAAGACUGUGAGAUUGCGAUUAUCUAAAUUUCACCUGAUGUCAUUCAGAAUUUUUAAAAGGGCUGUCUCAGUACUGUGGUACUAGUGUAGAACAAAUCUAGUGCAGAGCAGGUCUAGUGCUGAACAGCUCUAGUGUAGAACAGAUCUAGUGCAGAGCAGCUCGAGUGUAGAACAGAUCUAAUGCAGUGCAGAUCUAGUGCAGAACAGCUCUAGUGUAAAGCAGAUCUAGUGCAAAACAGCUCUAGAGUAGAACAGCUCUAGUGUAGAGCAGAUCUAGUGUACAACAGAUCUCGUGCAGAACAGCUCUAGUGUACAACAGAUCUAGUGCAGAACAGCUCAAGUGUAGAGCAGCUCUAGUGUAGAGCAGAUCUAGUGCAGAACAGCUCUAGUGUAGAGCAGAUCUAAUGCAGAUCUAAUGCAGAACAGCUCUAGAAUAAAACAGCUCUAGUCUAGAGCAGAUCUACUGUAGAACAGAUCUAGUGUAGAGCAGCUCUAGUUCAGAGCAGCUCUAGUGUAGAGCAGAUCUAGUGUAGAGCAAAUCUAGUGCAGAGCAGCUCUAGGACAGAACAGAUCUAAUGCAGAGCAGAUCUAGUGUAGAGCAGGAGCACACUGAGGGACAUUAGCAGCAGGUCAUGACGGUCAUACAGACAUGUAUAGUUGGAGUGCCACUUGUUUUUCUCUCUUUACACACAGAGACGUUAUAAACUCAAGCGGACUCAGAUGAUCAGCAGAAAGUCGACGUGAAUAAUUUCUCUGUUAGUUUUAAAUGAGUCAGGAGGUUUGACUCCACCCCCUCCACCCCUAAAGGGUUACGCCCCAAAAUAGAGAGCAAAACAGAACACUUAUUAAAGUGCAUGAAUGUGUGUGUGUGUGUGUGUGUGUGUGUGUGUGUGUGUGUGUGUGUGUGUGUGUGUGUGUGUGUGUGUGUGCGCGCGCUCAGGUCUGGUGGUGCUGAGGAGGUGGAUCGCAGGUGGAGUGUGUCACUGUUCGGCUCGUCUGGAUGGAAAAACGGUUCUGAUCACCGGAGCAAACACCGGUAUCGGCAAGGAGACGGGCAGAGAUCUGGCACGCAGAGGUCAGAGUGUGUUUGAUUAGUAAACCUGUGGGGACAUGGGGGUGUGACACACACCUGGACACACCUGUUGAGUGAUCCAAUCACAGGUGGACGCCCCUCAGUAUCAGACCUUUCUCUAACUUACACUGUCAUCAUCUUUUCAUUACAGGAUAAUUCAGAAUUUUAUUUCUUCUCCUCAUUAAUGAAGUAAAAACAUCAUAAAUCUGUUUUCAUGCAGAUCUGUCAUUGCUGUGGUAACCCUGGAAACACGCCCUCUAACACAAUUAAAAAGUCAGAUUUUCCUGUGAGUGAGCGAUAAAUCAAACACAGCACACCCCGGAGGACGUCCUCGAUGGUUGGGUCGAGCCUGAACUCUGCUGGGUGUGUAUGAUUUGUUGUAUUAGUCAAGAUUGUGACAGGUGUGUUUGAUUUGUUCCAGGGGCCCGGGUGGUGAUGGCAUGCAGGGAUCUGACCCGGGCGGAGCAGGCGGCUGAGGAAAUCCGAAAGUCGACAGGUAACGGUAACGUGGUGAUCAGACACCUGGACCUGGCUUCAGUUUACUCAGUCAGACAGUUUGCCAAAGACUUCAUGGACAGCGAGGACAGACUGGACAUCCUCAUCAACAACGCAGGUGAGCAGGUCAGCAGGUCAGCACACCUGACACCUCUCACUCUGUCUCUGUCUGACUCCACCCCUCUCUCUCCACCUGUCCUUCUGCACACCUGACACCACUCACUCUGUUUCUGUCUGACUCCACCCCUCUCUGUCUCUCUCUCUGUCUCUCUCUCUCUCUCUCUCUCCACCUGUCCAUCAAGGAGUGAUGAUGUGUCCAAAAUGGCUGACGGAGGACGGCUUUGAGACUCAGCUGGCUGUCAAUCAUCUGGGUCACUUCCUACUAACCAAUCUGCUGCUUCCCAUACUUAAAAGCUCCGCCCCCAGCCGUGUGGUCACCGUAUCUUCCAUCGCCCACAUAGGAGGUAUGACCUCUGACCCCUGAUGCUGAUGUUUGUUGGUUGGUUAGUUGGUUAGAGUGAUAUUUAAACAGGAAUUUAGUUGGUCCUGUUAUUUAUUUAUUUAUUUAUUUAUUGAUGACAUUUGACAAUAUCACGUAGAUUGUUAGGUUGGUUAGUUAUUUGGUGAGUAAGUGAGUUAUUUAGUUAGUUAUUUAGUUAGUAAGAUAGCAAGUUAGUUAGUUAGUUAUGAGAUAGUUAGUUAGUUAGAUAGUUAGUUAGUUAGUUAGUUAGUUAGUUAGUUAGUUAGUUAGUUAGCUAGUUGAUAGUUAGGUUGGUUAAUUAUUUAGUGAAUGAGUGAGUUAGAGGGUAAGUGAGUAAGUUAGUUUAGCGGUUGUUGCUUUACUGGUUGAUUCGUAAUAAAGUUAUCAAGUUAGCUGGGCACAAUUUAGUUAUUGGAAGUUGAUUUGUGGUAAGAUAAUUAGUUAGUUGGAUUAUAUGUAUUUUGGUUGCGUAGUUACAUAAGUGAGUAAGAUAGUAAGUCAGUUGGUUAGUUAGUUAAAUUGUUAGUUAUUCACUUAGUUACAUAGAAAGUAAAUUAGUUAUUAGUAUAAGUGGUUUGUUACUUCACUGGUUGUUGGGUUUGUAAGUUGUUCAGGUAAGUUGGUCUUGAGAUACUUAGUAAGUUAAAAAGUUAGUUGGUAAGCUUUUUCAAAGGUUAGUUGCUUAGCCGGUUGUUUAGUUAGUUGAUGGGUAGUAAGUUGACUGGUACAAUAGUUUGUUAGGUAUACAGUUACUAAUCAACAGCUGGUUAGAUAGAAAGUUGGUCAGUAAUUUAGUACUUAGGUUAAUUGGUUGGUAAGUUAGUGAGCUAGUCAGCAUUUUAGUUAUUUAGUUAGCGAGUCAGGAAUUUGGAGUUUUGUUUUGAGCUAGUUAGCCACUAUGAACUAUGUGAAAUUAUUAGUUAGUUAGUUAGUUAGUUAGUUGAAGAGGUAGUCAGUCAUUCAGAUAGUUUACCAGUUUUUCGCUCUUAACUUAUUCUUUUUCUAACCCCUUUAGGUCAAAUCAACUUUGAGGACCUGUUCUUCAGCAGGAGGCCGUACAGCUCUUUGGAGAGUUACCGACAGAGUAAACUAGCUAACGUCCUCUUCUCCAGGGAACUCGCCCGACGACUCAAAGGUCCGAACUCACACUCAACACCAUUAACACUCAGUUUACCAGCGUUAACCAGGGACUUGGUUUGUUGUUUACCGGUAUAUAUCCGCUGCUGGACUCUGCCUCUAGUGGACGGGGGGGAACUGGAGUUGGACUUUUUAACAUAGGGCUCCAUGAGGACUGACUCAUUUUUGGAGGCAGCCUCUAGUGGACAGGAGGGGAACUGCAGGUUUGAUUUUAUCCUGGAGGUUUUAAAGCAUAUAGCGACCUCAGAGCUGUGAUGUGAUUGGUUAUUCAGCAGACAUGUUUGUGAACUCUGUGUAACCUUGACCCGUCUUUAGGUUCUGGUGUGUCGUCGUUCUGUCUCCACCCGGGUGUGAUCUACACUGACCUGGGUCGUCACGUCUACAGCUGGUUCCCCCUGCUGGGGACCCUGAUGAGCCUGCCCUCCCUGUUGCUCAUGAAGACCCCAUGGCAGGGCUGUCAGACCACCCUGUACUGCGCCCUGACCCCGGACCUGGAGGGGAGGUCUGGGUGCUACUUCAGGUACAGUGAGGACCAUCUGGUCCGGAGAUAAUCAGUCAGAGUGACGUCCUCGUAGACCAGGUAAACCACCUCAUCUGUCUUUACUUUCAGUGACUGUGCAGAGAUGGAAACGGCUCCAGAAGGGCAGGACGACGCUGUGGCAAGGAAGCUGUGGGAGGAGAGUGCCCGACUGGUUGGAUUAAAGGAGACCUGCUGACCUCUCUGAUUAAUGUAAUAACAUAAAUGAAUGUAGGAACUCAUUUCACUUUGCUCUUUAAAGACAGUGUGAUAAAAAAAUUAAAAAAUAAAAAAAAACGUUGUGUUUGAGUUAUAAGAACACUGUGCCUGAUUGGAUGCUGCGUUACUGCUGACCUUUGACCUGCAGACAUAUCACAGCUGUUUUUGUAAAAAGCUGGACCACAGGCUUGCUCCAGCAGCUCAAAAUUUCUGUAGUACAGCUUUUCCAGAUUUAAAAGUUCACUCUGAUUCAUUAAAACUAAAAGCUUUUAAAUGUUUUUAUAGAAAACUCUAAUAAAGUAACUGCAACGUGAAAUAGCUGACCAAUAAAACAUGGUGG